CUUUGGGGCAUAACUUCAAUUUUAGCACCGACUCUCCUCCGGUGGUUCCAAACCAAGAAAAUUUUGAGCGCCUUUACUUCUGGUAUUACAAGAAGGAAAACCCAUAUAGAAGCUCCAUCAUAUUGACCUCCGAUCCCGUAAAAUUAUCUUAAAUGAAUUUAUCCGAAACAUGACACCGUAGACAGGCAAGACUAUCAGAAGCUUGCAAGCUUCUUACUACAACACAGAAUCUUGAAGAGUAGCACUAAAUUCGAAUUAGGUUAUGUCCAAAACAUGUAAAUAAAUAAAGUUGAGAGAGUAUAUAUCAGAUCUGAUUUUGAGGUUUCAGAGGUCACUGCAGUUUCUGAAGAGAUGGAGAUUACUGUAAAGGGAUCGAGCAUGAUAUGCCCUGCUCAAGACACGCCAAAGGAGAGACAAUGGAUCUCAAAUGUGGACAUGGUGAUGACAACAUAUCAUGUUCCCUUGUUGUUCUUCUACAAACCAAAUGGUUCCUCUGAUUUCUUUAAAGCCCAAGUGCUUAAAGAGGCUUUAAGCAAGACUCUUGUGCCAUUCUACCCUAUGGCUGGGAGGUUGGGAAGUGAUGAAAAUGGUAGACUCCAGAUAAUAUGCAAUGCGGAGGGAGUUCUAUUCAUAGAAGCUGAAACUACUUGUGCUAUAUAUGAUCUUGGCGAUUUUGUUCCUAGCUUAAAACUGCGGCAACUAGUUCCAACGGUUGAUUACUCUGGAGAUACCUCCUCUUACCCGCUUGUUAUGGCCCAGGUAACAACUUUCAAAUGCGGUGGAGUCUCUGUUGGAAUUGGAAUUCACCACACUUUGGCAGAUGGCACAACUUCCUUUCAUUUCAUCAAUAGUUGGUCUGACUUAGCAAGAGGCUUGUCCGUGAUUAGGGAGGCGCCACUUAUUGACCGAACCCUUCUUGGAGCACGUGUGCCACCAACCCCUAGAUUUCAUCAUGUUGAAUAUGAUCCAUCUCCUGCCUUAAGCACCUCUACGUCAAUUCUUAAACUUGACCCCGAUCCUAAACCCUCAUCUGUAUCCGUUUUUAAGAUCACAUUCAAUCAACUCAAUACCCUAAAAGCCAAGUCAUUCAAAAAUGAAAAUGCAAUUAAGUGCAGCACCAACACUAUCCUAACCGCAUACAUAUGGCGUUGUGUAAGUAAAGCUCGAGGCCUCUUAGAUGAUCAACCAACCAAGCUACACAUGCCAAUUAAUGGACGCCCCAGACUGCAUCCUCCUCUCCCGUCAGGAUACCUGGGCAAUGCUAUUUUCACGGCUUCAUUAGUUGCUCUAUCUGGAAAUCUCCAAUCAGAACCAUUUAUAAAUACCAUAGAGCAAAUUCAUGGCGCAUUGGAAAGGAUGGACAAUGAGUAUCUAAGAUCAGUUCUCGAUUACCUACAAAAACUGCCAGAUAUAACUGCUGUCAGGAGAGGACCACAAACUUUCCAGUGCCCAAACCUAAAUGUCAACAACUUGAUGCGAUUUCCUGUGUAUGAUGCAAAUUUUGGAUGGGGUCGUCCCAUCCACGUGGGCCUUGCAAAUGUUGUCCAUGAAGGAAAAAUAUUCCUAUUUCCAAGUCCAACUGAUGACGGGAGCCUCUCGGUGGUAGCAUGCCUGGAGACCUCUCAUAUGAAACCUUUCCGGAAACAUCUUUAUGAAGGCUUAGUGGCGUUUGACAAAAUAAGGGCUCGUUAUUAGUUGUUUGUUCUCUCCGUCAGUAUCUAACCAAUUAAGCUGUUUUUUUUAUCCUUUAAGUAAACCUUUUUUGUUGAAUUGUGUUUAUUUAAGUUUGCCGCCUUGAAUUACCCAUCUCUAACAUGAAUCACUAAAUAUUAUCCCAAGAUAGCUAGAGAUCUUUCAUGUACUCCAUUUAACAUUCUAACUUUAACCUGUUUUAUUUCACAGCUAA